AUUACAGCGCGCUGUAGCGCGCGUUCGUUCUCGUUCUAAAAAAAAAGAAGAAAAAAACCAAAACAAUGGAGAAGCUGGACGAAUUAGAUUACCAAACCCUGAUCACGUGGUACUGUCACCAGAGAUAUUACACCCAAAUGCUGCGCCAGGCGAAGGAAUCGGUGGCUUCAUUUCCCUUGAGUUCACCGCUCAAGAUUCUGCUGUCCCUAAGUUACCUCCUGACAAAUCGUCCCCAGGAGGCAUCCCAGCAGGUGUCAGAACUAAUCGGUCCAGAGGAGACAACUCUACCCUGCCUGAUCCUCCAGUCAUUCGCCUAUCGUCUGAGCAUCAACAAGAAUCGAUCCCAAAUUGACUCUCGAAUUCGUGAUGAACGUAGAAAAGCAACAGCAGGUUCACUAACCCUGGCAGCAACAGUUCUCUAUCUGCUGAAAAAGCCUGAAAAGGCCAGGGAAUACGCAGAGAAAGCUUUUAAAAUUUUGCCCCAUGACGUGGACGUUCUCCUGAUAAAUUCUCAGAUCGACCUGUUCCUCUCAAAAUCCCACAACUAUCUUUCAGGCAUUUCAAAGGACCACAGCAGACGUUUGGGAGUUCUCUUAGCGACUUCUAGGUGGCAUGAGGCCACUGGAUCCCACGAGGACGCUAUUCUCAUUCUAAAUGCGCUGAUAGUUCGUUACUCCACUCUCACCAUUCCCCUUAUUGAGAAAAUGUCGAAUCAGCUAGCGAUGAAAGAAUGGGAUCAGGUGCUCGCAACGUCCAGCAGAAUCCUCUCCCUGGAUUCCAACGAUCUCGAUGCAAUUAAAGCAAAAGCUGUUGUGGCAAUCUGCAAAGAUGGGGAUUAUCCCUCGGCCCUGAAGAUCCUUCAGCUCUUCUUCAGGAAUCUCAUCCUCGUUGAGCCGAAAAAUGUUGAGCUCCUCGUGAAGAACAUUCAACUGUUCUCACGGAUAACAAACAGUGACAGGGAAAUUCUUUUGGAACUGUCUAGAAUAACUGAGAAAUUCAUCCAGCAGAAUGAAAACUCUAGUGAACUAAUGAUCGAAUUGGGAAAUAUUUAUCUCCUGAUGAAGAGAAUUAAAGAGUCUGAGCACUGGUAUAGGAGUGCAGUGAGGAUCGACGAGUCGUCGUUCCCCGCUCUGAUGGGCCUUGCCCACUGUCAGGUCCUAGAAACGACUCCGGGAUCCUCUGAGCUAGCCAGACAGCAGCUGAAUUUUCUCAUGGAGGUCCAGUCUAACACACUGGACCCAAAACUCUACUUCAUGUCAGCUAAACUCAGCUCGAACGAUCCCACGAAUGCCCUCAAGUACCUGGACAUGGCAAUCGAGUUGAUCCUCAAGAAUUGCUCGAAUAUGCCCUAUGGAUAUUACUACCUGCUCGAACUCAAUCCAGUGUUCUCCCUGGAGAUCAUUACUGACCACCUAUGCAACUCCCCAUCAUCUGGAGCCCCUCAUGUCCUGGUCCAGCAAACCACAGAGGACAAACCGAGUCUUGUCCUCCUGAAGAUGAUCUGCGAGGCGUGCGGUGGAUGCUCUGAGGCUUUUUUGCUCCUUGCCAGGGCGAGAAUGCAGUCUGGGGAUUUGGAGGGUGCUCUGGAUACCUUGAAGCGACUUUUACAAAAUGAUCCAUCAAUUGCCCCUGCACAUUUGCUAAUGGCACAGAUCCUGACUCGUCAGGGCAACUACCAGGCGGCCUCCCAGAGUCUUGAGGUGGGGCUAAGCUAUAAUUUCAAGGUAAGGGACGAUCCAAUAUACCACUUGACCUCUGGAAUCGUCGAGAGAGAGAACGGCGACGUGAACAACUCUAUCACGAGCCUGAGAACAGCCAUGUCGCUAAUGGACGCCAGAGUGAAGUCAGAGGACACGAGCACUCCCCUGAUAUCUGUAUCCCUGUCAGACCGAGCAACUCUUUACCUCGAGUUGAUAUCAGCUUACACUCAGCUGAUUAAAUUCGAUGAGGCGUCAGCUCUGAUGGAUGAAGCCAAGAGACUCUUCUCCAAUACUAUUGAAGAGGGCAGAGUGACAAUAGCCAAUGCCGAGCUGUCACUGUUUAUGGAUGACGUAGAGAGAGCGAUCGUUUAUCUAAAUGAAAUCAAGCCUGAGGAGGUGUACUAUCUCGAGGCCCACACCAGACUCGCUGAAAUUCAUUUGCAUCAUAGGAAGGAUCGUCAGGCCUUUGCCAGGUGUUUUCGAGAGUUGGUGGAGCACUGUCCAGGAUCAAAGACGUACAGCAUGCUGGGGGACGCCUACAUGGCGAUUCAGGAGCCUGACAGGGCAAUUGAGGCUUACGAGCAAUCUCUCAAGAAUUCACAUGGGGACAGGGUGCUUGCCAGCAAGAUGGGAAAGGCCCUGGUGAAGACUCAUCAGUACUCCAGGGCUGUUGAUUAUUACAAAGAGGUCGUGAGUAUCAAGGAGUGUGGUGAGCUAAAGCUCGACAUGGCUGACCUCUUCAUGAGGCUCAGGCAGUUCGAUAAUGCUGAAGGUGUCCUUGUUCAGGAGCUUCAGGACGCCAGGGGUGCCACUGACUAUGAGCACCUGGAGAACAGGGGACGACAACUCCUGCUGCUUGCCAAAGUGAGGGAGAGAUCUGGAAAUUUACAGAUGGCACUGUUAACCCUCAGGGAGGCCAAAGAGAAUCAGGUGAGGUGUAUUCAGAGGAAGUCUGUUAAUUCAUCAGCAAUUAAUCAUAAGCAAAUGCUCGCCGAGGUUUGCCUGACCAUGGCUGAUCAUGCGACUAUUGUCAGGGAUUGGGAGCAGGCGAUAACGCAUUAUAAGGAGGCACUCCAGCACAAACCAACAGACAUUAAAGCCCUUCUGUCUCUGGCUAAGCUCUACAUGCAGGUGAAUGAUCUUGACAAAUGCGCACAGAGUUGCACUGCAUUAUUUACGGCUGAUCCUAAUAAUGAAGCUGCCUCUGUUAUGAUGGCGGAUUUGGCAUUUAGAAAAGUUGAUUUUAGCACAGCUGCAUUUCACUUUAAGCAGUUGUUGAUGAGAAGACCAACUUAUUGGACAGCUCUGGCAAGACUCAUUGAGGUCUCCAGGAGAACAGGAAAGAUCGAGGACCUUGAUGAGUGGUUGGGGAGGGCAGAGGCUGCAGCUACAGGUGAAGGCGCCAAUAGGGACGCUGGCUUUCAUUAUUGUGCAGGACUUCUUGAUUGGAGAACUGGAAAACUUAAUUCAGCCCUGAGAAAUUUCAAUGCAGCCAGAAGAGAUUCAGAAUGGGGACAGCAGGCAAUUUACAACAUGAUUGAGAUAUGUCUGGGCCCAAACGACGACUCUGCUCUCUCCAGUGAGGCUUUCAACGAGGAGGAUGCAGAGUAUCAGGACUCGAGAACAAUGGCACUGAAAACAGCCCAGAGGCUUCUCCAGGAAUUGAAUCCCAAGGGUAGCCCCCACGAGAUGCUAACGCACCGACUGCUUGAGAAUUUUUUCCUCCUCACAACGAAAAUCAAGACGAAUAUCGAAAAAGCUCUUCAGGAUUGCACAAUCCUCGCCAGUCAGGAUACCCUGAGAGAUCAUGUGGGACCUGCCCUGGGUCUUGCCACUGCUCACAUUCUCCUCAAACAGACACCCAGAGCCAGAAAUCACCUCAAGAGAGUCGCCAAGAAUAUCUGGACGUUCGAGGAUGCCGAAUACCUAGAAAGAUGUUGGCUACUUCUCGCGGAUAUUUAUGUGCAAUCGGGUAAAUACGAUCUUGCAAAUGAGCUCCUGAAGAAAGUACUCCAACACAAUGCCACAUGUGUCAGGGCUUAUGAAUUAUCUGGGCAUAUCUUGGAGAGGGAGCCGAAUUACAAGGAAGCGUCGGUGCAGUACGCCAAAGCCUGGAAAUUCGGGGGGAAAACAAAAUUGUCCGUUGGGUACAAGUUGGCGUAUUGCUGUUUAAAAAGCAAGAAAUACGCUGAUGCUAUUGAGGCGAGUAAUGAGGUACUCAAGCAGAACCCAGACUUUCCCAGAAUUCGCAAGGAUAUUCUCGACAAGUCUAUUCAUAAUAUUCGCUCCUAAGAGCAAAUUAAAUUUCACCUCUAUAAAAAUUUAUAGUCAUUAUUUUAUUUCAUAUC